AUGAUGUUUUACUUUGAAAAGCAAGAUCACAAGGGGGCGUGGUUUAAGUUCAGCAGCCCAGAGCCUCCAGGUUGCAGACAUACCCGUCUUGGUAUACCCGCCCAGGCUGUGUGGCUCCUCUGCCUUCAUCUUAAACUCGACAUGCCGGAAUACCUGGACGACCCGUCUGUGCUCACCAAAGACAAGCUAAAGAGCGAGCUUGUUGCUCACAAUGUGGAACUGCCGAGUGGCAACCCGACCAAAGACGUGUAUGUGCAGCUUUAUCUAAAGAACCUGACGGUCCAGAACCAGAAGAACGCCGUGGCCGUAGUUCUGGAUGCGUUCUCCAGCGACGAGGAGCUUCCGCCUGUCGUGGCCCCCAACAGAAGGCGCUCCUCCGGAAGGAAAGCCGCCAGGAAAUCAGACAAACAUCAUCUGGAGCAAGUCGACGUCGCAUCACUUACUGACGAGAGCCUGAGGGACGAAUUGCAAAAACAUGGAAUGAAAGUGGGGCCAAUUGUAGGUGAGUGCUUCUUCCAGCUGCACUUGGCACAGAACAAAAUGUCUGUUGUGGGUGAUGCACUGUCCCCACAGAUGACGAGCCAAAACAUAAUUGAUUCUUGACCUACACUGUAUUGCCAAAAGUAUUUGCUCACUGAUCUAAAUUAUCUGAGUCAACUACUUCAAUUACUUCUGUGGUCACAGUCAAUUGCUAUUCUCAAUGAAGUGUGAAGAUUAUUAUGUGCAAAAUAACUGAUUGGAUGGGAAAAAUCUGUGAAUAUGAUUUUUCAAGUCAUGUCCAAGAAUAAAAAAAAAACAAAAAAACAGGAGUCUCAUUUAUAAAGGCUUGCAUAGGAUUCAUCCUAAAAGUAUACAUGCAUCCAAAAGAGAAAAAUGGCAUACGCCAAAAAAAAAAUCUGAUUUAUAAAACCAUGUCUAUGCACAUCAGUAUGCAAUUUUUCUAUAUAAAUCCCAGCUGAACCUAACAGGCUUUGCACAAGGUCCCUCCUCAGGUUCUGCAGCACACACAUAUUCAACCAUAAAUGGUCAAUGCAAAGCUCCUUGUGACUGUCGGUGCUUAUUUAAGCGACCUGGCUGAUAAAUGUUACCAAUGGCAACUAGAGGGGGGAAAAAAGGCAAUUUCACUGAAGCAGAAAGCAAUGUGAGGAAUUGGGAAAAUGAGGAAUUGAAAGCAUUGUUUUUGUAGCCACCGUCACAUGAAUCAAGUUCACACACCCUUAGUGGGAGGGACGCCUGAUAUUAAAGUGCACCUCUGAGACCUGGAGAUUUGGAAACGGGAUUAGCCACUGCCCCCUGCAGGUUAUAGCAAAAUAGUGCAUCAGUACAUGAGGCCCCAAUGGGCACUACUGCACUCAGCACUGGCUGUGACACCAUAAACUCAUGUAGACUAGCAUUGUUCCUUAAAGUGCCAUCAGAGUGUUAACUGCUUAUUAUCAUUAAUUCAAACACAUAGCAGUCUGCAGUCUGCUAAUUCGUGCUGUUAGGAGUCAGUUGCCAGAAACCCCAGAGCAGUAGACAGCUGUAUUUGAACAGGAUCGAUGUGGUUCCGGUGGUCCGGUCUUUCCAAUACUGGACCCAGUUCAGCACAGAGAUCCAAGAACAAAGCUCCAGGGCAGGAGUACUCUAAUAUAAACCUUGAACUCAGGAAUUCAAAAUACCGCUGGAGAUUAAGAAAGAAUCAAGGCAACAUUCCAGAUGUGUUUUUGAUGAGGGAAUAACAUUAUAACAUGAUGUAAAGCUCAGAAAAGUUGAUUUUACAGGAUACUGUCCCUUUUUAGGUACAUUGAUCUUGUACUGGUUGGAGGGAGACUAAAUUAACUAAUAAUAAUUAAUUAACUAAUUAAUAAUUAACACACCUCACCUCCCACUGUCAGACUUCUGCUGCGUUCCUCCUGAUCUUCGGCCUAGGGGUCGUGGGGAGAGGAAGUGAGGCCACCAGGCCAACCGUCGGAUAUUUUUCUCAUCAGCAGCUCAGUUACUGGGCUGCUCUCGCUGUGGAUCCAUAGGUGGUUGCCACUUUGACCCAUGGUUACCGGCUACAGUUCCGACAGCGGCCUCGCAUCUCACACCGGGUUAGGGUGACCGGCAUCACUGACCCGGUGCAAGCGCUGGACCAGGAGCUUUCCAUCCUCCUGGCCAAGGGUGCAAUCGAGGCAGUGGAUCCUCUACAGCAACCCAGAGGCUACUAUUCAACGAAUUUCCUCAUGCCAAAAAAGACAGGCAGAUUUCGUCCCAUUUUGGAUCUCAGGGGACUAAAUCAGUAUUUAAAGGUCCUGCCUUUUCACAUGCUCACGACGGCAGAGGUUCUGCGAGCUGUGACAAAGGGAGAAAGGCUUACAUCAAUCAACCUUACAGAUGCGUACUUUCAUGUACCUAUUGCGGCGGACCAUUGUCGCUUUCUCAGGUUUGCCUAUCGGGGUUGCCACCGGCAGUUCCAUGUGCUCUUGUUCGGCCUCUUGCUCUCCCCGAUGGUGUUCACUCUGUGCGUGAGGGCAGCCCUCUCUCCUUUGCAGGCCCGCGGCAUGAAGGUUCUACCAUACCUCGACGAUUGGCUUCUCUGCGCCCCGUCUUGAGAGCA